AUGAGCCAUCAGAAGAAAGCGAGUCUGAAUCCGCAUGAUCUUUGGGGUGUUUUGAGAGGCUCGAAUAUGGCUGAGAACGGUACGCCUGGCCCUGGUCGUGAGUCAUCGACCCCUGAGUCCCACACCUCAAAACGACCGACCAGCCCAACUUCAAGCAAAAAGGUCCCUAGCAGACCCAAAAACAUGUCUAGCCAGGCAGCGCCCGCGGGCGGUGAAGCACCGAAGUCGUUGCCCGACUUCAUCCUGGAGAGGAACCGACUCUUCGACCAACUCAAGAAACAGCGCGACGAAGAACUGGCCCGUAAGGACAAAGCUGCCAUCCAGAUCCAACUGGUCCCGGCCCCUGGCCAGGAAGCCACGAUUGAAGGCAAGGCGUGGGAAACCACUCCAGGCCAACUGCUGAAAAAUGUCCCCAAAGAGCGCGCCGGCCAGAUUGUGGUCGCCAAGGUUGACGACAAGCUCUGGGAUCUCGACCGCCCGCUCGAAAAGGACAGCAAAGUGUCUUAUCUCACCUUCGACGAGCCUGAAGGCCGUGAUGUCUUCUGGCACUCGUCUGCCCACGUGCUGGGUGAAUGCGCGGAGCACGAGUACGGCUGCCGACUGUCCCACGGUCCUCCAACUGCAAUGGGCUUCUUCUACGACAUGGCCCUCGAGCCCGGCCACUCUGUGAGAGAGGCAGAGUGGCCGUCACUGGAAAACCGGGCUAAGAAAUUUGCCAAAGAGAAACAGGCCUUUGAACGGCUUGAGGUCUCGAAGGACGACCUGCGCAAGAUGUUCGGUUACAGCAAGUACAAGAUGCACUAUAUCGAGAAGUUCGUCCCAGACGGCGAAUCCUCCACGGUCUACCGAAAUGGUACGCUGGUGGAUCUCUGCCAGGGUCCGCACAUCCAAAACACGCGCAAGAUUGAAUCGUUCAAGAUCAUGAAGAACAGCUCGGCCUAUUUCCUGGGCGACCAGAGCAACGACUCGCUCCAACGCAUCCACGGCGUGGCGUUCCCCAGCAAGCAGCAGCUCAAGGAGUGGGAGCACUUUCUCGAGGAAGCCAAGAAGCGCGACCACCAACUCAUCGGCCAGCAGCAGAAGCUCUUUAUGUUUAGCCGAUUGUCGCCUGGGUCGCCGUUCCUCCUGCCCCACGGAGUUCGUAUCUUCAACGCCCUACAGCAAAUGCUACGCGAGCAGUACUGGGAUCGCGGGUACCAGGAAGUGCAGACGCCGAACAUGUACGACGUGGAUUUGUGGAAGACGUCGGGCCACUGGCAGCACUAUCAGGACGACAUGUUUCGCGUGGUGGUCAAGGACGACUCGGCCGAGCCCAUGCCUCUGACCGACCAGAAAGCCGACGGCAAGCCCAUCGCCGAGAUCAAGGACAAAGACAAGGGCGUGUUCGCGCUCAAACCCAUGAACUGUCCGGGCCACUGCCUCAUGUUCCGCGACGAGGAGCGCUCGUACCGCGAACUGCCGUGGCGGGUGGCCGACUUUGGCGUGCUGCACCGCAACGAGGCCUCGGGCGCCUUGUCCGGCCUGACCCGCGUGCGCAAGUUCCAGCAAGACGACACGCACAUUUUCUGCACCAACGAGCAAGUCCAGACCGAGAUCGAAGCCCUGUUCGACUUCAUGGAGCACGUCUACGGCCUGUUCGGCUUCCCGUUCAAGUUCAAACUGUCCACCCGGCCAGAAGGCUACAUGGGCACCUUGCAAGAGUGGGACUCGGCCGAGGCGCGCUUGAAGCAGGCGCUCCAGAACUUCCGCGGCAACGACUGGGAGUUGAACGAGGGUGACGGCGCCUUCUACGGCCCCAAGAUCGACGUGACCAUCUCCGACGCCCUGAAGCGCGAGUACCAAUGCGCCACCAUCCAACUCGACUUCCAAGGGCCCCAAAACUUCAAGCUCGAGUACCGCACCGGCGAGAGCGCCGAGGCUGUGCAAUCGCAUUCCUCCGAGCGUGACGCCAAGGGCCUUACUCCUGGCAUGGCUCGCCCCGUCAUGAUCCACCGCGCCAUUGUCGGCUCUUUUGAGCGCUUCAUUGCCAUUCUGUGUGAGCAUUUCGCCGGCAAGUGGCCCUUUUGGCUGUCUCCGCGUCAGAUCCUCGUCAUUCCCGUCAUGAAGGCGGCCGAGGACUAUGUGCGUGAGAUCCAGUCCAUUUUCCACAAGGCCAGGAUGUACGUCGACAUCGACGUCAGCGGAAACACCCUGCAGAAGAAAAUCCGUUCUGGCCAGCUGGCCCAAUACAACUUUAUUUUUGUGGUUGGUGCCAAAGAGCAAGAAUCCCGCACAGUCAACAUCCGCAACCGUGACGAUCCGGCCACGCAGAAGAUGGGCGAACUCAUCCCGUUGGAGAAGGCGCUAGAAAGACUCACCAAGCUGCGUGACGAGAGGCAGCUCGAGAACAAGAUUGACAUGACCCAUUAG